AUGGUCAACUUCAAAAAAGGUGGCGAACAUAUCACAGUCGAAGAGGUUGACGACGAAAAUCCUAUAUUCAAGGAAGAUAGAAAUCGUUUGUCACAAGACCUUAGAUCCAGACAUCUACAAAUGAUUGCCAUCUGUGGUGUAUUUGGGACAGGAAUUUUCUUGAGUUCGGGCACAGUUUACUCUCUCACUGGGGCAGGUGGUUGUUUCUUGGCUUACGCCUUGGUGGCAGUAGUUGUUGGCAUCAACCAAAUUGCUAUUGCAGAAGUAGCUGCUCUUAUGCCUACAUCUUCUGCAGUUGUUCGUCAUUUAGAGCACUUCGUUGACCCAGCUAUGGGUUUUGCCUAUGGUUGGAUAUUGUGGUGGGGCGCAAGUAUGCCGGGAGAAAUUUCAGCAGCUGCGGUAAUUGUCUCCUACUGGACUGACAUCAAUGGUGCUGCCUGGAUCUCCAUCAUCAUUGUACUUCUGUUUGCAAGUAACGCAUACUCGAUGAGGGUGUAUGGUGAAAUAGAAUUUUUCUUCGCUAUUCUAAAGUUGUCCUUGCUUUUGGGUUUAAUUAUUGUCUCUAUUAUAAUAACAUCUGGUGGUGGACCCAACCACGAAGCAAUAGGAUUCAGAUACUGGAGGGAUCCUGAUGCAUUUUUACCAUUCUUGACGACUGGCAGUUUAGGACGAUUUGCUGCGUUCUGGAAAUCAUUGAGUUCCGUUGUAUACUCAUACGGAGGUGUUCAAUCUGUUCCAACUUUGGCCAGCGAGGUCCGUUAUCCACGGAGGUCAGUGUUCAAAGCCUGCAAAAGAAUCUUCUUCAGAGUUACCAUACUAAUGAUAUUAGCUGCAUUCAGUUUGACUUUGAUUGUUUCUCCAGAAGAUAAGAAUAUCACAUCUGGAAGUGGCAACGCCAAGUCAUCACCAUUUGUGGUGGCCAUCAAAAAUGCAGGUAUCCCUGCAUUGCCCCAUAUUGUCAACGCCGUUGUAUUGACAUCUGCCUUCUCCGCAGGAAAUAACAACGUAGUCCAGGGAACUAGAUGUUUAUUUGCUAUGGCUGUGAAGGGACAAGCUCCCAAGAUUUUCUUGAAAACAACGAAAAGGGGAAUUCCUUUGAAUGCUUUGCUUCUUGUCACCUUGUUCAUGCCACUUGCAUUCAUGUCUGUUUCAGAAUCAGCUGCUAAUGUCUUUAAUUGGUUCCAAAACCUAACAUCAUCUAAUUUACUUCUAGGAUGGAUUUUGAUCGGCUUGAACCAUGUUUCCAUGCAUAGAGCAAUGUGGGCCCAAGGGUAUACGAGAGCAGAUUUACCACACACAUUUCCAGGAGGACAAUACUCUGGAUAUGUGUCGGGUGUAAUUUCAUUGAUUUUGUUGCUAACUGGUGGCUUCACUAACUUUGUCCAUGGUCACUUCGCCAUUGCUUCGUUUUUCUCUUCUUACUUUGUGAUUCCUUUGACUUUGGUAUUAUUCUUGUUCUGGAAAUUCUUUAAGAAAACAAAAUACUUGAGACCGGAAGAUGUUGAUUUGAAUUCCUUAUUCAUGGACGUUCAAAGGAAUCCCGAACCUCUUGAAGAACCGCUUCGUGGAUGGAGGCUCUUGACAUUAUUGUGGAACUAG